AUGUCCAACCCCGCUUUGGUGUGCUUCUCAGCAAACACUCAUAGGUUCGUAGUUACAUUGCGCAAUAUCUUUUGGAUCUGCUAUACUCUUGACAAGGAUGUUCCUCUUGGCACAGGACAGCCGCCUGCCAGUACCGAUGAGAACUGCGACCUGUCCUUACCACCAGGUUAUGCUGAGCAGGCAUUUUGUGAUCCUGAUAAAGCCGAUGACCUGACCAUCGAACCGGUUUUCCCCUUUGACCUGCGCUUGAGUUUGAUUAAAUCCCGAGCACACCGCAGUUUGUAUUCCAUCAACGCACUCACGAAGUCUGAUGCCGAAGUGUUGAAGUCAGUUCGUGAAUUGGACGAUGACCUCUCGCAGUGGCGACUCUCAAUCCCGCCAGAGUGGCGCCCUACCAUGUUGUUCUGCUCAGAAAUGUCGGACCCGAACAUGAGCAUGCGGACUUUGGCUUUUUAUCCUAUGUCCGCGCUGCUCACAAUAUUCUGCAGCAUCCUCCGGACCCCUCUGGACACAAGCUCCCGCGCCGAUCUGGAUAGAUCCAAAAUUGCCAGCAUUAUGAUAGACCGCGUCUUUUCACGAAAGCUGUCUGAGAAUGAUAUGGUUCAUUUGAAGCCUGUGGCGAGCUCAAACGGCUGGCAGAAUGCGCCAUCGACAAGGCCUCCUAACAAGGCCACGAUAAUCUCUUCGGCGCACCAGAUCACAUAG